UCUUAUCUUAAUAAAUGGGGUAUUUGAACGAUAAAGGAGUAACAUAUGAUUAUUUUGAAUCAUUGGCAUUCUAAAAGACAUUAAAGGAAAAAGGAAUAGUGUAAUUUUUGAGUUUGUUAAAAAUCUUUGGUAAAUUCUAAUUACAUGAACAUUAAUUUGAACAUCUAUCAGAUCCAAAUGUGAAAUAGGUAGAAACAAAGAUGUAAUUAUUUUGGGGUGAUGAAUUUGAAGGACAUGUGAUAAAAUUAUAUGAUGAUAAGAAAUUGGCACUAUUGAAUCCAAAUACAAGUAAACUAUUAGAAAUAUCAAUAGGUGGUUUAUUUUAAAGUUUAGGUGAAGAAUAAUAGAAAAAGUUGCCAUUUGUUAUAUUGCCAGAAUUUGGUGCUUGGAUGAUAGAAUUAACCCCAAACAAACCAUAUUAAUGCAUGUGUUUCAAUUUUGAUUAAGUGUUAAUUAAUAUGAGAAAGAGAAUUUAAACACUCUAAAGUUAUUUACCAUAAGGGAAUUAAUAUGUAUUGAUCCCUGUUUAUCCAAUGUUGGGGGUAGGUAGAUUCACUACAACACUAGAGAGUGAUUUAACUGCUUCUAUGAUAGAGAAAAUAAGAAGUCAAACAAGUUAUAUAGAAGGAACACCAACUUUAUAAUAAGAUGAAAUAUAAUUCCAAAAUGAAAAAUUGAUAUAACCAGCUACACCAUAUAAAGAAUUACCAGUCGAACCUAUUUGUAAUUAUUUUUCUUAAAGCAUAUAUUUUGAUGAUAGGAUUAUUAAUCCUCAUCCAAGAUAUGCAACACUUGCUUAAAAUAUUAGAUUAAGAAGAGGAUCUAAGGUUGAAAUUAAAAUUCCAUUAUUUAUUGAUUAAAAUACAAAAAUUGAAUAAUCUGAAUAUGAACCUAAUCCAGGGUAAUUAUAUAUUAUUAUUAUUAGAUUUAUUACUAUGGAUCAUAUGGGUUUUGGAAUGGGAAAUUGUGCACUUUAAACUACAUAUUUGAGUAUUGAUAUAGAUCAUGCCAGAUUAUUAUAUGAUUAAUUGGCUGUUUUAGCUCCUUUAUUUGCAGCUUUGACAGCAGGUAGCCCAAUUUAUAAAGGGAAAAUAUCUAAUUGGGAUACUAAAUGGGAUUGUUUAGAAAUGUCUGUUGAUUGUAGAAGUGAAAAUGAAAGAAAUCCUAAAAAUCCUAAUCAUAUUCCUAAAUCAAGAUAUUCUUCCAUUUCAUAUUUCAUAUCUAAUGAUAAAAUGAAUUUAGAAGAAUACAAUGAUUUAAAUUUCCCAGCCAAUUAAGAAAUAAUGCAAUUUGCUCAAUAAAAAGCAAAAUAAAUGGAUAUACCUUUAGAUCAAAAAUUACUUAGACAUCUUGGUAUCCUUUUUUUGAGAGAUAAUAUGGUUAUGUUUAAAGAUAAAAUACAUAUUGAUGAUAAUACUGCUCAUUUUGAAGCCAUCUAAUCUAGUAAUUGGAAUUCAGUUAGAUUUAAACCACCUCCUUCUUAUAAUUCUAAAAUUGGAUGGAGAGUAGAAUUUAGAACUAUGGAAAUUUAAUUGACUGCUGAAGAAAAUGCUGCAUGGUCUAUUAUGAUACUUAUGAUCGUGAGAUUAUUCUUUACAGUAUAUUUUUAUUUUUAUUUUAGAAACAUAUUCCAGUUAACUUUUACAUGCCAUUAUCACUUGUUGAUGAAAAUAUGAGAAGAUCAAAGGAAAAAGGAGCUAUCUUAAAUUAAAAAUUUUAUUUUAGAACCAACUUUUAAGAAUUCGGUCCGGCUAUUAUUGAAGAAUUAUAUUUAAAAGAAAUAUUCUUCGGUAAAUAAGAUGGAUCUUUUAUUGGAAUCAUAGGAUUAAUUUACUAAAAUAGAAAUGUUGUUAGUACUUAGUAAUGUUCUUAAAAGGAUGAAAAUAUUUAUUAAAAAAAUAAGAAACUUUAAGAUGAAGUCAUAGAGUUUGUUAGAAAGAAAGUUUAUGGCAAUACUAAAACACUUGCUUCCUGGAUGAGAGAUUUUGUAAUCUCACAUCCUAAUUAUAAUAAAGAUUCAAUUGUAACACAUGAAAUCAAUUAUGAUCUCAUUAAAACACUCACUGCCAUUAAAGAUAGACAAAAAGAGGAUCCACACUUUCCCUUAAUAUUUAGUAUGUGAUUUUAUAUUUAAAACUCAAUUUAAUCUUUAAAU